GCCACUGUAGACGAGGGCUGGAACGAGCUCGCUGCCCUGGGCGACGACGCGCGGCGGAAGCAUGUCCACUGGGUGCACGUGAGGAUUGGGGACCCAGACCACUGGCAGCCGUCGGCGCUGUCUCGCGGAGAGCUUUGGGAGCACAUGCGCCGGUGCCACGGCGAGCAAUACCCGGCGGACGCGAACCCAACGAAGUACAUCCUCACGCUCGGCAUCGCCACGCGCGAGCGGCACCACUAUUCCCGGCGCGAGCAAGGGAGGGAGCUGCACGCGCACUUCAUCGCCCACUGCCCCACGAGGCACCACUGGCGCGGCGACUUGCCCCAACGCCGCCUGCAGGCUGGCGCCCACGCGGGCCGGGCGAACCGCGGGCAAAGCAAGCCGGACGCGCCUGGAGGCGGCCAGCAUGCGGAAUCGUGUUUCCGCACCAGCGACCUGCAGCGCACGGCGCAGCGGACAGAAAUCCGCACCGCGCCGGCCUCGCGCGCGCACGCGCAGGACCUGGCGGGCAACGGCGACAGCUCGCUCUCCGAGUUCUGCACCGUCGAGGGCGCCGGCUUGCAGGGGAAGCUCAACGCGGC